AUGAUUAGUAUUAUAAUACAGUUCAUUGUAAUUGGAAAUGCACUUCAAUGUUCUCCUGGAUGUCCUACAUGUUUAACCAAUUAUACAUGUGCAGACAGUUGUCUACCUGGAUAUGAACAAGAUAAUUCAUGUACACAUUGUCAAUGGGUAAAUCCAUAUAAACCAGUUAAAGAAGCAUAUAUUCCAAAUAACGAUGAAUGUUUAAAAACUACAAAUGUUAUACAAAAAACAGGAUGGUUACCAUCAAAUAUUCAAGAAAUUAAAUUAAAUGAAAGAAUAAUAUUUACAUUAAAUGAUAAUUCAGAUGUAGAUUAUAGUUUUUGUCAAUAUAAACAAAAAUAUAGAUUUGGAAAAUGGUUUAAAAUUAAUUUAAAUCAAGUAACUAAUGCUGUAUUUGUUGCUGAAAUUGAAAAAAUAAAUAAAGCACCUAUAAUAUUUUCUCUCGAUAUGACAAAUUCCAAUUCUUUUGAUCAAAUUCCUCAAUGUUAUGCUCAUAAUCAAAUGAGUAAAGAUGAAUAUAAUUUUACUAUGAUGGUACCUGCUUAUAAAUCACGGUCUAAUAAAAAUGAUGAAUUUGUUUAUCUUUUUGCAUCUAUUGAAGGUUCUGGAAAUGCUGAAAUGUCUUUAACAGUUUCUCAAAUGGAUGGAAAAUAUUUUGAUCCAUAUUAUAUCUUCACUCAAGAAGUUGCAGAUUCUUUAGCUUCAGAUUUAACUAAAGAAGAAUUUGUUCAUUUUCCUGUAAAAGCAAGAGGAAUUCAUGAUUAUUCAUAUUGUGCUCAAUGUAGAUUAAUGAAAUUUUUAUUGUUUAGAAUGAAUUUUAAAGGUGAUUAUUCUAUUUUACUUGAUAGUACUACUGCAGAUAAAGUUAAUUAUCUUCAAGAAUAUACUGUAAAUAAUACUUGUAAAGUACUUUAUAUUGGUAAACCUUUUGGUCAUUCAUUAAAUAGAAAUAAUGGAUUUAAAGUUAGAAUUCGUGGAGAUGAAACACCUCAAGUUACUGAAAGAUUCUUUACUGUAUUAACUGAAGAUAAAGGAAGUGAUAUUGAUGUAGUUUUUAGAGCUAUUUGUCCACAUGAUUGUAAUCAUAAAUUAGGUCAAGGUAUGUGUGUUACUGAAGAAGGAAAAUGUCGUUGCAAUCCAGGAUUUGGAGGUGAUGAUUGUCAUAAAUUAUGUUAUUAUAAUAAUCAAUGGCAAGUUGAUGAUUAUAAAGGUUUAUGUAAAUAUGGAACAUAUGGAUGUGAUUCAUAUUGUCAAUGUAACGAUCCAGACUAUAUUCAACGUAAUAAUCUAUGUAUUUAUCCAACUUGUCUUAGUGGACAGUUAGGACCAAAAGAUGAAUGUGCACAAGGAAGUGAUGGAUGUACUGAAACAUGUAGAUGUGAUACAGAAAAUGGAUUUUUUAGAACAGAAAAUAAUAGAUGUAAAUAUGAUAAAUGUGGUAAUGGAGUAAUUGAUACUAUGAUACUUAGUGAUGGAAAAAUAAAAAAAGAACAAUGUGAUAGUGGAGUUAAUUGUGAUUCAUUUUGUUAUUGUGUUGAUGGAUAUAUUCCUGAUCCAGAUAAUCCAGGUUCAUGUAUGUCAAAACGAAUUUCUAGUGGGGCUAUUAUUGGAAUAAUAUUAGGAAGUUCAGCAGGAUUAUUGUUUAUUAUAGGAUUAUUCAUAUUAUUAUUUUUUAUUUUAUUAAGGUAUGAAAGAACUAAUAUUGAAAUUUUUAAACAACAACAACCAACAUACCAUUAUUAUAUUAAUGGAUCAUUAAAUAAAGAACCUUUAAAAACUAAUAGAUAUAAAGUAUUUCCAUAUGAAUUAGAUUAUGGUAAUGAAAAUGGAACAACAGAUAUAGAAGAUACAAGAUUUGAAAGAAUUGAAGUGAAAAACUAUUCUAAAAAUAAAUAUAUGAUGAUUAUUUUUCAUACACCAAAUAAUCCAAAAUUUGUUUUUCAUUUUGAACCUCAAGUUCUUAUUAUUAGACCACAUUCUCCAUCAAAAAUUAUUACAAGUUAUAUGACAAUUCAUUGUACUACAAAAAUUAGAGAUAUGAAAAUUCCUUAUACUGUUUGGUUUAGUAAAUCAAAGUCUACACUUGAAUCUAUUGCAGAAUUAUUAAAAGAUAAAACAUUUGAUAAUUGGACUCAAGAUGACCAAAAACAAAUGGAAAAACUUUGUAAAAGUAUUACUAAACAUUACCAUUUUAAUCUUACAAUUAUUACAGAUGCUGCUUCUUCUACUCAUAUUGAUAUGGAUGAAUUAAAUAUAUCAGAAAAACCUAUUGCUGAAGGGGCUAUGGGUCAAGUGUAUAUAGGAAAUUAUCGUAGUGUUCCAGUUGCAGUGAAAAUAUUUAAAUGGCAAAAUUUAACAGAAGAAGAAAUGAAUGAAUUAAAACAAGAAGUAAUAGCAGAAUGUGAAAUAAUGAGUAAAUUAAGAAAUCCUUUUAUUGCAAAUUAUAUGGGAUCAGUUACAUAUUUACCUCAAGUAACAAUGGUUAUUCAAUACUUUGUUUUAGGAUCAUUAGGAGAAUAUUUACGAACAGAAAAAGAAGGUUUUGUAAAGUUACCAUAUAAAUUAAAGAUAAAAAUGUUAUUUGAUACAGCAAGAGGAAUGGAAUUCUUACAUGAAAAUAAUAUUCUUCAUUUAGAUUUAAAACCAGAUAAUCUAUUAGUUAAUUCUUUAUAUUCAGACUCUGCUUGUUGUGUAAAAAUUACUGAUUUUGGUACUUCAAGAGUAGUAAAGAAAAAAAGUAAAAAUGAAGAUAAAGGACUUGGUACUCCAAUUUAUGCUGCUCCUGAAACUUAUUUUGAUAGAUAUUCUUUUGAAAGUGAUGUAUAUUCUUUUGGUGUAUCUGCUUGGGAAAUCUUUUACCAAGAUGAACCUUAUAAAGAAUUUAAAUCUAUAUUUGAUAUUAAAAAUUAUGUGGAAAGUGGAAAACGAUUACCUUUAGGUGAUAGUAUGCCACAAAUAUUAAAAGAAAUUAUUAGCGAAUCAUGGAAACAAGAACCUGAACAAAGAAUUACUUUUGAACAAAUUACUAGACUUCUUCUUAAAGCAGAUAAUGAUUCAGAAAAUCAUUCUGAAUUAGAUAUCGGUGUUUCUGAUGAAAGAAUAGAAGAAUUAAUUUUAAAAAGAACACAACAUAUGCAAAAUCAAAUAUGUGAUUUGAAUCAUGAUUAG